GGGGAAAUAGAAACGUUGAAAAGAAAAAAAAAACAUUUUGCUCAGUUGUUCUAUGAAGUUAAAGGGCUUUAGAUUCUAUUGUAAAAUUUCUAUUACAAAAUCGGAAUUUUGAUCUGAGAGAGACAGAGAGAAAUGGGGAGGAGGAUAUUGAACGAUGCGUUGAGGACGAUAGUGAAUGCAGAGAAGCGAGGGAAAGCUUCGGUGGAAUUGAAGCCUGUCUCUACCGUAAUGUCUUCGUUCCUGAGAAUCAUGAAAGAGAAAGGUUACAUCAAGAACUUUCAAGUCUAUGAUCCACACAGAGUUGGAAGAAUAACUGUUGAUCUACAAGGAAGGGUUAAUGAUUGCAAAGCUCUCACUUAUAAGCAAGACGUCAAGGCAAAAGAGAUUGGGCAGUACACAGAACGCACACUUCCAACACGCCAGUGGGGUUAUGUUGUAAUUACAACUCCUGAUGGCAUUUUGGACCAUGAAGAGGCUAUCAAAAGGAAUGUGGGUGGUCAGGUUCUUGGUUUCUUCUACUGAAUUGGUUGGAUAUCGCAAGAGGUUCAAAUCCUUAGAGAACAUGUCAUUUUUCUGGCUUUUUUCAACAUUGUUUGUUUGAUUCUUGCAAUGUACUAUGAGGAAAAUGGUAAUUAGAAAAACAAACUUUAUUUCUAUUGUCACAACGUUUCCAAUGUUAUUAUAAA